UGGAUCUCGUUGAUCUUGGGCACGACACCAUGCGCGACCUCCUGAACUAUGUCGACUUUUCUGAUGUGGGGUGCUUGUCCAUCAAGAAAUGCCCUCUUCCUCUUGACUCGGCUCGAAUCGGGUCGGUUGAUUAUCUCUUCCUCGAAGACUUGGAGGGCGAUUUGCAGGAUUUCCUCCAAGAGUGGGAUGGCAUCGGUUUGUCACUCAAGUGGCAGUGGCAGUCCCUAGAUGAGGUGCUCCUGCUGCUCGCGGCGCGGCGCCAAGCGGGGGACUCCCAUAUGGACGAGCUCACACUCCAUUGCUGUACGAAUUUUUCGGUCGAGGCGAUGAAGCUGCUAUGCCAGUCGCGCACUCCUGACGAGGAUUUUGGAUUCAGGGUGAGGUCCUCGAUGGCGAAGAUCAGCGUCGAAGGAGUUGGGCCGGUCAUUUCGGACGAAGAAAGAUGCUGGUUCAAGGAGACCUUCCCAUCAGUGGUCCAAUGGACGAAGGAUAUGAUGGAUGAGGCUGGGCACUCAUAUGUGGCAGGCACGGACGAUUUAGUACCCACAAGGGAACUCCCGCACGGGGUGCUGGCUAGCGAACUUGAUGAGUCGAGGUGAU